AUGCACAGUUUCCAUCAACCCAACGGCCAAGAUAACGCAACACAGUCGCGAUUGGAACAAGCUGCCGCACGUCACAAGCACGUGAUAAACAAAGCCAUUGCCAUUCGGGUAGCUUGGGAAGACAGGGACAGUGUAUAUGAGCUAAGGCGUGCAGACAAUGUAGAAGACGAAGAUGUGUCGCAGCCAUACGAAGAAAACGGAGGCGUUCCAAGUUGGCGGAGCAGUAGGUUUAGGCGAUCCGAGGCCUGUGGUGACAAUUGGCCAUCAUCGGCCGGUAGAUCCACUAGAAGAGACAGUCGUGACAACAGGCGCCCAACUUUGGUGAAAAACUCAGCCGUAAACCCCACUGCUUUCAACCUACAGUUCUCAAGUCAGCACGCACUCCCCUAUCGUUACGUUUGGAUGUGUUCUGUUAUUGGUUAUUCUCCACUCAAAUACCUGAACUGUAACCAGUUGAGUUGGGUUGCGAAACUAUGA